GUGGAGGGCGAACGAGCGCGAUACUUGCUUCCACGAGAUGGCUAUAAGUAUCAUUUCGCACUUGGAGUUUACUCCGUAGGUAGUCCCAAGUAUUCAUCUUGCAGAAACUCGAUGGCUAUGAUUGGCUGGAACUCCCCCAGCUCAUCGCCGAGAUCGCUGUCCGCUUUCUCUAAUUAUUCUGUCACAACUUGAUCCCUCUUCCAAAUAAUCCCACUCCCCGUGAGACUCUCAAUUGAAUCUUCUUCACUUUCUUUAGUAUUUUGUGAUAUUCAAUCUUGCCGUCAUGAUCCAAGAGACCGGAGGCUCAGUCCCUCCCAACACUGACCAUGCAGUCAGCGUAUCUCUCCCGACAUGGAAAGACAAUGUGGCAUAUGAAGAAGGAGAACUGUGGCUUGUAAAUAAGAUGCAAUGCGGUUAUCCUCGGUUCUUCGUCCAUCCCAUCAUUCAAGAGCUUGCCCAAGAAGUAAUCUCUCGAUACGGAAACCCAGAAGUUGAUGCUGCGACUCUUUUCCCCUCGCCCAACACCGCGCGAGUGUGUCUGGCCUUCCUUUCGUCGAAGAUACCGUCCGAGGAUUUUCAAAAGGUCCGCGUCCUGGAUUUCGUUCCUACCCAGCAGCUGGAAACCGAGUUACCGACCGUUACUUCAAUUCUUUCUUGUGUGAUAUACCCCAAAGAUCAUGCGUCAGUAGCCAAGCAGGUGUGGCAGCAUUCCGGCGACGGUAUAUCUAGCCGACGAGGCGAAUUCUGCCUCUCUGCCCUGAGGGACGGCCUCAUCGUGGAAAAGAAGUCUGCAGCAGCAGACGCAACUUCGCAGAAGUUCUACAAAGGACCUCGUAGAUACCAAGGGCGAGGCUCCACAAAUGGGAUUGGAAAAGGAACGUCGGCCACGCAACCCCAGGACGGCCGUGAAUCCGUCCAAUUUAUUGAAGAACGCUUUGGACGCAACCUGAGUACCUCGCUAGCCAGUCAAGCAAAGAUUGCUGUCCGCAGGCGGAUAGCAGGUGUCUUGACCGAAGAUGUCGAACUUAGUGAGGCCCUAGAGAAGACAUCAGAGCAAGGAAGAAUAGCUGGGCUUGACGAAUCUGAUGUCUCGCUUUUCCCUACCGGCAUGAGCUCGAUCUUCAAUUCUCAUCGAAUCCUGCUCAAAGGUAGAGGCGACUUGAAAAGCAUAUGUUUCGGAUUCCCUUAUAUCGAUACAUUAAAGAUCCUUGAGAAAUGGGGUCCAGGCUGUCUUUUCUACGGGCGCGGGAGCUCUGAGGACUUGGACGACCUAGAGUCGCGUUUAGUCAGUGGAGAGAGGUUUCUGGCUCUCUUCACAGAGUUCCCCGGUAAUCCCCUGCUCAAAGCGCCCGAUCUCAAGCGAAUACGCUCUCUGGCCGACAAAUACGACUUCGCUGUGGUUGUGGACGAAACAGUUGGGAACUUCCUCAAUAUCAACGUGCUCUCCCAUGCGGAUAUUGUGGUCAGUAGUCUGACAAAGAUCUUCAGCGGAGACAGUAAUGUCAUGGGGGGAAGUGCUGUACUCAACCCACAUGGGCCGUACUAUCGGUUACUGAAGGACACUUUUGCCCGGGAAUACGAAGACAACGUCUGGGUAGAAGAUGCAGUCUUCCUCGAGAGGAACAGCCGUAAUUUCAUUUCGCGCAUUGAGCAAAUCAAUCAUACCACCGAAGAGAUAACAGCAAUGCUCAAAGAAUCUCCACUUGUCAAAAACGUAUACUACCCUAAGUAUAGCCCCUCGCUACCUUUAUAUGAGGCGUUCCGUACUCCAAACGGUGGCUAUGGUGGGCUAUUCUCAGUCACUUUCCACUCCACAGCAGAGGCAGUCGCCUUCUUCGAUAAUCUCGAGGUUCUCAAAGGUCCUAGUCUCGGGACUAAUUUCACAUUGAGUUGUCCAUACACACUGCUCGCUCAUUAUGGUGAACUCGAGUGGGCAAACUCGUUUGGAGUCGAGUUCGACUUGGUACGGAUAAGUGUUGGCUUGGAGGAUAUUCCAGUUCUUCGCGGUCUGGUGGAACAAGCACUAGACGCAGUUGCAAAAGUCCAUAAAGCAUAGAAGAUGAUACUGAAUAAACGAAUGUAUAGAACUUUUCAACAGUUCAAAGUCCGUUCCCGGAACUACAUCAAUAAUAAAGUAUCAUUUACUGGCUUCAAACAUAUACUCGUCCGCUACCAGCUAGUGCCAAACGAAUGGGAUACAAAAGCUGCUUAGAUGUUCGAAUGCAUAGUCGAACGAGGCUGAGUAGUCCUGUACACAAAAAGAAACCAGAAAGAGGGCGCGAAAAGACGAAACGUAGGGAGUAUGUAGAUACGAUGGUACAGAUACAAGGCAAUCAUAUGAACAAAGAAGUGCUUCAUGAGAGGCUGCCUAGGUGGCAUUAGAGCCCAAGGACGUAGUAAUGAAAUAACUGAAUGGUUCAAUCUUCGUUGGCCAGUGUGUUUGAAACUUGGUUCCGAGUUGCGCCCAAAUCCCUACUGCCCGUUCGCCUUAAAGCUUGUCUCAUCGUCUCUAUGUUAAGCUCACCAUUGACGCUCGGGGAGACUGGUCUCUGAAUAGCGAGCAAUGGGCUAUCAGCGCCACGAGCCCCACGGUUUGGGGAAAGUUCCAAGCCCUUGAAUGAUGUCGAUAUGCUGGUUGGCGGGGAUGUGCCGAAACCGUGGGAGGAUACCGGAGAAUGCAGCGGCGAUGGCGACAUAUUGCGAUACCCUGCGCUUGUUGGGUUGGGACUAGUCGUGCGCUUCUGGUGAUUGUCAUUGCUUGGCAGAUGGUCAUUUGUCUCGGCAUUUUCAGCAUUUACAACAUCAGCAAACGAGAUGAAACUCAACCGUCGGAUGUCAUUUGGAUCCGGAUUCUGGAUUGUUGGCGGAAGUUCUUCGGUAUUUCGGGUAUUAAGACCGUCAGAACAAGGUGACUGCGGUGGCUGCUCUGUAGAAGCUGCGCAACCCACGGCGGGUUGAUGCAUAUUAUGAGUGACAAUUUCCACCGAAUCUGGGUCAAGCGCAUCGUCAGUGAUCGCGGCAGAUGAGGCUUCCAGAACCGGUGGUAUAUAAUUCUCUGUCCGGAUAUGCGCAGGAAUUGAGGGCGACGUCUGAGGUAGCAGAAUAUCUUCUUGCACAUUACGCUCGAAUAUCAGGGAUGCGGGCGAAUGGGCUUGCAGGGGGGAUCGUUGAGCUGAAUAUUCCGGCGACGAUGGGGUUCUUUGAGCCGGUCGUCCUCGUUGCGACAUAAUAUCAGGGGAGAGUGACAAUGGCUUUGGUCGAACAAUACUAGCGUGUACAGUCGAGCCCGGAGCACCUGUUAUGUCCACAGGUUGAUGAAUGGCUUCUUCCUGAGCAUCAUCAUUUUCUUUCACGCAAUUGCAACUUCGUAGAUCCCGAAUCCGCCGCUGGUCUUCAUUAUCCCCGUCAUGAUGUGUCACGUCGCUCAAGGUUUCUUGCAUAGAUGCGUGCUUAUCGAGAGAGUCCCCGGAGGGUGUGGUAUGGCGCUCAGAGUCCAUGACACUUUAGACGCUUGGAUUAUCAAAUCCAGCCUGCCCUAGUUUUGAUGACGGAUUCGGCGAAGGCGCUUUGGCAGCCAAAUGUCUAUCCCAGCUUUCGCGGGAAUGAGCGUGAACGAACCCGGGGCAAUAUUGUGCCAAUGUCUCAACUGUUCAAUCCGCUCAAUCUUGGGUUUCAGAUGCUUUCCAACGGUGAGUUAGGGCAGGUAAUAACUCGGAAAAUUGGCCUAGUAUCGAGUCAUGAACUGUCCACAGUAUACGUCUGCAUUUUGCAAGUAGCUCGUGAAAGAGAAAAGCACAAGGCUCACAUUUGAAGGCUCAAGUCUCUGGUAUCCUGAGCCACUAGAGAUGAUGAGAGUUAAGUUAACGCUAGGUAUCAUCAGACCCCCAAAGGAUAGAGUUGGAUACAGGGUACACAGAGCGGAUGGGAAAAGAGAAUCGAGUUAAAGUAGCGAAAACUAACUAGGCGCAUAUAUCAUGUAGAUAGUAAGUGGCGCAUCAUUUGCGACAAAGCAGAAAGGGUCAGAACAUCUAAUAAUCAUGAUGUGUU